CACCCACAGAAGGGAACAGAUUGAGGAGCUGCCAGGCCUGGCGAUCGCGAGUAUCCUGUCGUCUUCGUCCUCAUGAUUCGUGACAAGAGCCCUCAGAGGCUGAGCAGGCCCAGUUAUGGCUCCAUUUCCAGCCUGCCUGGCCCAGCACCUCAGCCAGCGCCUUCCGGGAAGACUCACCUGAGCGAGAAGAUUCCCAUCCCCAGCACAGAACAGGGUACAUUCAGCCUGAGGAAGCUGUGGGCGUUCACAGGGCCUGGUUUCCUCAUGAGCAUCGCUUUCCUUGACCCGGGGAACAUUGAGUCGGACCUUCAAGCUGGUGCUGUAGCUGGAUUCAAACUUCUCUGGGUGCUGCUGUGGGCCACUGUGCUAGGCUUGCUCUGCCAGCGGUUGGCUGCCCGGCUGGGCGUGGUGACAGGCAAGGACUUGGGUGAAGUCUGCCAUCUCUACUACCCUAAGGCGCCCCGCGUCCUCCUCUGGCUGAGCAUUGAGCUGGCCAUCGUGGGCUCAGACAUGCAGGAAGUCAUCGGGACGGCUAUCUCCUUCAAUCUGCUCUCCGCUGGACGCAUCCCCCUGUGGGGCGGCGUACUGAUCACCAUUGUGGACACCUUCUUCUUCCUCUUCUUGGAUAACUAUGGUUUGCGCAAGCUGGAAGCUUUCUUUGGGUUUCUCAUUACCAUAAUGGCUUUGACCUUCGGCUAUGAGUAUGUGGUAGCGCGUCCAUCCCAGAGAGCACUUCUAACGGGCCUGUUCCUGCCCUCCUGCCCGGGCUGUGGGCAGCCUGAGCUGCUGCAGGCAGUGGGCAUCGUCGGUGCCAUCAUUAUGCCUCAUAACAUCUACCUGCACUCAGCCUUGGUCAAGUCUAGAGAGGUAGACAGAGCCCGCCGGGUGGAAGUUCGAGAAGCCAACAUGUACUUCCUGAUUGAAGCCACCAUCGCCCUUUCGGUGUCCUUCAUCAUCAACCUCUUUGUCAUGGCUGUGUUUGGUCAGGCCUUCUACCAGCAAACCAACGAGGAAGCGUUCAACAUCUGUGCCAACAGCAGCCUCCAGAACUAUGCUAAGAUCUUUCCCAGGAACAAUAACACUGUGUCAGUGGAUAUUUAUCAAGGAGGUGUGAUCCUAGGCUGUCUCUUUGGCCCUGCGGCCCUCUACAUCUGGGCAGUAGGUCUCCUGGCAGCCGGGCAGAGUUCUACUAUGACCGGCACCUAUGCAGGACAGUUUGUGAUGGAGGGUUUCCUUAAGCUGCGGUGGUCCCGCUUCGCACGCGUUCUUCUCACUCGCUCUUGCGCCAUCUUGCCCACGGUGCUGGUGGCUGUCUUCCGUGACCUGAGGGACCUGUCUGGUCUCAACGAUCUACUCAACGUUCUGCAGAGUCUACUGCUGCCCUUCGCAGUGCUGCCCAUUUUGACCUUCACCAGCAUGCCCGCUGUCAUGCAGGAGUUUGCCAACGGCAGGUUGAGCAAAGCCGUCACUUCCUGCAUCAUGGCACUGGUCUGUGCCAUCAACCUGUACUUUGUGAUCAGCUACCUGCCCAGCCUCCCGCACCCUGCCUACUUUAGCCUUGUGGCUCUGCUCGCCAUAGGUUACUUGGGCCUUACUGCUUAUCUGGCCUGGACCUGCUGCAUCGCCCAUGGAGCCGACUUUCUGAUGCAUAGCUCCCACCAGCACUUCCUGUAUGGACUCCCUAUCGAGGCACAGGGAAGUGUGGAGAGUCCCGAUGACCAGCACGGCGCAGUGACCAGCGGCACCCAGCAAGCAUAGAGACCUGCUGGACCUUGCUGUGUUCUGUUGGAUGGACACAGCAAGACAAUUGGAGGUCCCCCACCAGGCUUUCUGGGUUACCUGUUUGGACAAGUACUUUACCUCAAAGUGUGCUAGGGACCACAACCAUAUUACCACAACCUAAGAGACUUAAAAAACACAAUGCCUGGGGCUAGAGAGAUGGCUCAGGUGUUAGGAACACUAGUCCUUUGAGAAGACUGGGAUUCAGUUCCCAGCAUCAACAUGGUGGCUUUCAACUGAGGGUAACUCCAGUUCCAGGGCGUUCAGUGCCCUCUUCUGGCAGUCUCCUCUGGUACUUUCAAGCCCAAAACGCUCAUAUACAUAAAAAUUACUUAAAACAAAA